CAAGUUCUGCAUGUUCUCACCCACCGUCGACUACCAUGUUCAAACAUCGGGCACACAAAGCUCCGGACUCGACAGGUCUACAGCGGCAUCAUGUCACACGUUGCAGCGCCUCAGAGGCAUAUGGUCCGCAUCAAGUCCGAUACAGCAGUACUUGCCAUCUCUUCCUCUUCUUACUUACCUAGCACUGCACGAAAUCUCCGUCCCGUCCCGUCUACACCUGUGAACAAAUACAAUGUCCAUGCGCGUAAAUGCGCCUACACGAUCGAUGGACUCAUAUGUCAGCGACGCGUCGGGUGAUACGGGGAACAACAGACGCGAAGCGAUCCUAAGCUUAGUCGAGAUGAUCCUGAAGGCAUCGGAUGAGCAAUCCCCUCCUGGGGAUGACAAGGACGUUUGUAGGUGGUGACCUACCUGAACACAGCACAUAUGCCGAGUGACAGCAGUAUCUGUGGAUGAACAUCGCCAGACUGCUGGUGCGGAGAAGUUCAGGUCGCUUGAAAGCAAGUUGGAACAGCUCGACAAGCAGGCAAGUUUGUACCACUUCAGCUCCAGUCGUCGCGCUCAUGCGCUCAGCUGCAAAAUUUUGUCAACACAAUACGCCAGCUAGGCAGUUCCGUUGCGAUUCUCUCUAGUGCAUUUCACAUCCGAGAACAUACGAGUCAACUCCUCGCACUCUAUCGCCAAAACGCGUCCGAGCUUUUUCCACGCAGGGUUCAAGCGGCUCGGGAACCGACUCUUCGUGACUCCACAGUCCAGGCAAAGAAAGAACGAGAGCUGCCUCCACAGCUGAUCGCGCGUCCGCGGGUCAAUGUCAAUCUGGAUCUGGAGCACUUUCCGAGCCAGUUCGAAGAGCUUGCCAACCAUCUCGUGGUAUUCGUCCAAUGCUUGAAAGAGUUCCCUGAGUUCAUAGAUGAGUCAAUCAAUGCUUCGAUCAGUCUAUUUGAAGCGGAUCUUCGCUACUGGGCAUCUUGUCUGCACGUUUAUAAAGGACAAUUCCGCCAGCCUUCAAUCCAACGUUAUGUCCAUGAUCUUUCCACCCAUUUCGGAGACCACGCAGAUCAAUUGGCCUCCACAUUGGUCCUCUUUCUCGAAGUUGGGGUUCCCACUAUCAGAUAUGCCCAAAAGCACAAGACUGAUAACCUGGUGAGCCUUGAAUUGACUGACUGUAUGUCCUUGAACGAUGCAGCUCAUUCAUGCCAAGCUCAAUCUAUCGACCGUCGCGACAUUCUUCUCUGCUGUGACAGCCACCACGCUACAGUUCUCCUUCCAGCUCACGGAAACCCGGACGCAAAAUGCGGUCAACACAUUCUGGUUCGCGUCCCUGGUGUUCAGCAUUGGCGCAGCGGUGAAUAGCGUGCUGGGACUGACAUGGAAGCAGGCCAUCUAGUGGGUCGUACCGUUUGCCCUGUGCGUUGUGAGCUGAGAACACGGUAGUCGGCCGCCGAGACACCGCGUUCCGUGGUGGGUCCUCAUAUGGAUCAAACGAUCGCCGCUUGUCUUUCUCGUGAUCUCUGUCGCUUGCUUCUCGGUUGGGCUGUGCCUGUUUGCAUAUGGAUCGAACCAGUCUCCGGUUACGUCCAUCAUCACCACAGUCAUGACAGCCGUCACCACCCUUGGCCUGGCUGCUGUGUCUGGCUGGUUCGCAUCUGAACGAUGGAUAUUCUCCAAAUAUCGCGGUCAGAAAUGGUUGAUGGAUAUUCUCCUCGAAAGGAUCGAGCGAACAUGGGACCGCCCAGGAUUCAGCCACGCGCGCAAAGCAUGGCAGAAAACAAGCCUGUCCUUGCGGGGAUGCGCUCGAUUGUUGGGACAGUGGCGCUCAUGGAUCAUGUGUAAUGACUGGGAAAGCUCACUGUCGGAUGACGGUAAGGAUCUUGAAGCGGGGGGUUUACCCUGGGUUGCAGGCGCGGGCGAGAAAGCUGAAACCAGCGAUACGGGACGUACUCGCAGGAAACAAGCACUGCUCAGUGCGAUGAAGACGAUCCAUCUGCAAUCGACCAUCAUUGCCCCGUUCAUCACACCUGGCAAGAAACGUGUUGAAACGACUGGUGCCGAUCCUGGCGACAUCGACAGCGGCAAGCUCGUCGCAGAACCCGUCAGAGCGGAACGAUCGCGAUUGUCGCUUAUGAAACGCAAACUCGGUGUUCUAGAGUUAACGGGGGACUUCGAAGCCCAUCAGGCUUUGGUUCGGGAUGCUCAGUUCUCGGAGGACGGCAAAUUCCUGAUCACAUCCAGCUGGGACGGAACUUCCAUAAUAUGGCAAACCCAUCCUGAGCAUAACUUGCUUUCAAUGUAUCGGGUUUUGGUCCAUCCUAAGAGUUAUGUAGGACAGACUGUUUGGUCGCCUGAUAGUACGAUGUUGCUCACUAAGCACGUUCGGAGUGUGAAGCUAUGGACGCAGCACGGAGUCUGUCACAAAACUAUCGAUCGACAGACUAACAUCAGACGGGUUGCUUGGCUCCCUGACGGCAAAGCAUUCCUCUCAGUGGAGGAGAAUACGGUUUUCAGACUCGAUCUACUCGGCAAGGAACUUGACUCGUACGACUUUGGAAUGACCACCCUGCAUGAUGCCGCUGUCACAACAGACGGCUCGCGGGUUUGGGCUGUGGGGGUUCUCUCAGAAUCGCCAUCGAAACUGCAUCCAAGCAAAUCACCUGUCGAAAAACGAUUGAUUGUGUACAACAUGCAAACGAAAUGCAUUGAAUAUCAGAUACCCAUCCUGGACGACGUGCGCCAUGUGUCGAUCAGCCGCAAAGCUCGAUUGGGCAGGAAUGGCUUAUUAGCGCUGAUCAGCUACGAGAUCCAGCCGCCCCAGCUCUGGAAGCUAUACAGAGUCAGCGACGAGCGCAAUGCUUCCGCUUCAAUCACGCGUGUGAGGUUGCUGCACACAUAUCUGCCGAGACAAACUGGUGUCGAGUUCGCCGGGCCCGGCUACUUCGGUGGGAAGGACGACGAGCUGGUGUUGUGCGCUUCCAAAGGCAGAGACAUCCAUGUAUGGGAUCGCGAAAGCGGCAUCUACCUCCGGCACAUCCCAGCAGCAGGGAGAUCGAGCGAUCUGAUGUGCAUGACAUGGAACCCCGCAUCGGAGAAUCCGUUCAUGUUUGCUACCGGGAGCCAUGACGGCGCUGUCCAGCUAUGGAGUCUUUCCCCGACACGCGAGGUCCAGGAACCGUCGGUGAUGGCUGAUGGGUAGUCUCCUUGUGGUGUGGGUGCUCCCAAGAUGGAUGGAUGAUUAGUUUCCGUGCAUGCACACCCUCUGAAUCUCGGAAAUAGCGCAUAGGCUGACUGAUCUGGGCAUUGGCACACUCUCUUUUACAGACCCGAGAUGCGUUAGUCGCACAGACGAAAGAUGUGAACCCAGACCCAUUCUCAGGUUCAUAUUGCAUAGUUUGUACUAUUGUCUCUCAUCAAACAAAUUCCCGGUCACCUGGGAACAGGUGAUCAUUUCGAAGUCCCCAGCGUCGGAGUGCCAAUCCAAAGUGAGACAAGACUUGAACUAGAGCUCAGCGG